GCCUCGGGGAUUCAUCGCGAAUUGCUCCCGGUUCGGCGAUUCGAUUCGAUGCUUGUGCCCUCCGCCCCCGCCGGAAUCUGAUAGGUGGGAUCGGUGGUGGUUGGUAGGGGGAGCCAUGGGGGAGCUGGCGGCGUCUCCGCCGCCCGCGGCCGUGCUGCCCGUCGUAUUCGUCGACGGCGACCAGAGCGUCGACCUGGGGACGGUCACCGUGCAGCCCUCCCUCGGCGUCCGCAAGCUGCAGGCCGUCGUCGCCGACCGCGUGGGCCUCGCGCCGCAGCAGAUCUUGGCCACGCUCGCGCGCCCGCGGAGGGCGCGCCGCGUGCCCCUCGAGGAGGGGACCGACCUCGCCGCCGCCGUCGCGCGGGAGGGCUCCGGCUGCUACGUCCUCGCCGUCCUCCGCCGGUCCCGCCGCGAGCGCCGGGGCGGCCGCUCGCGCCGCGAGAAGAAGGCGGCGGCUGCGGCGGCAGCGGCCGCCGCGCCCCCCGCGGCGAAGACCCAGGAGAGGACCAUCCUAAAGCGCCUCCCGCCGACGGAUCUGGCCUCCCUGGCCUCGACCCCCGUGCCGUCGCCGAUAUUCGGGGUGUGGGACUACGAGGCCCAGCUGCAGGAGCUGCAGCGGCAGCGCGAGUGGUACCUCAUGCACACGGCGGCGGCGGAUCCGUACUUCCCGCUCGCGCCGGAGCGCGAGGACCCGCCCCUCUGGUCUUCCCCGCCGCUGCGGCAGGGGACGCCCCCUUCGUCCUGCCCGGAGUGCGAGGCGGCGGCGUGCGCCAUGCGGGAGCCGGGGUUCCACUGGUGCGUGCGCGACGCGGUCACCGUCGGGUUCCGCUCGCCGGUGGGGCCAAUUGAGCGCCCGGCGAAGAAAUCCCCCUCGCCGCCGCCCCUGCCGCGGCCGUUCGUCGGGAUGAUGCCCGUUUACUAGCCGUCGUCCAUUAGAAGAAAAGGAGGAAAAGAAAACUGUACAAAAAAGAGAGGAGAACAAACGGGAAUUGGGUAGGUUUGCGUGUUGGAUUGGUGCACCGCAGCUCAGAGGAGGAGAGAAGGAGAUGGUUUUUUUAGAAUGGAUUCUGGGUAAGCGGCCAAGUGCGAACGAGUCCAGAGGAGCUGGACACGUUUGGAGUCUGCAGCUUAGCUGUUACGAAGAAAUCUUCUUCCUUCUUUUUUUUUUUUUCUUUUUUUCCCUUUUUCCUUGGGGUGGUUAGUGGUUACUACUCCUACUAGCUGUUACUACUAGUGGUAUGUAACAGGUGGUAUGAGGUGGUGCCGUGGUGGUACAAAGCCUGAGUAAUGUGGCUCGGUCGAUUCCAGAGAUUUGCACCAACAUUUCUGGAACCCAUCUUUCCUUUUUGUUGUUUCAUGAGAGAAGAGAGCUGCCUAAUGGUUGAUGCUGCCAUUUGUUCCUGGUAUAUCAAAGUGGUAUAUGCAGAAGCACAUUUUAGUAA